AACAUUUGAGAUAGGCGUGCCGCCUGCACUAGUCACUCUUCGCAACAAAACCAAACAACACUUUUCAAAACAAGGCACUACGUCUCUUUUUCAAAGAAGUGUAGUUCAAAAUCAACGCUCGGGAUCAGUGACUGCCCUAAUUGAUUAUUCGGAGAUGCGAAUUUCAUUGAGAAAGUAAAUUUGGCCUCGUCUGAAGAGAAAAAUUCCCAAAUCAUGGGCCUGGAAAAGUUCCAGAUUUUCUUUGACCUCGUCCAGGCCGUUUUUUACGCUGGACAAACCGUGUCCGCAAGAAUCGAGGUCGCCAACAGCACGCCCAUACAAAUCAAAACCUUUUACGUCAAGGUCAAGGGCGCGUGCGAAGUGUGUUGGCGUCAGACCAGUCCGCACCAGGUGGACGGGACGGUGCCUAAUUACAGCACCCUAGCGUCCUACGACAACAGGUUCGAUAAGCGGGGCUACCACGCCUCCGAGGACUACAUUAACGAUCAUUUCGCCAUUUUCGGAUGGGAUUCAGGCAACAAGGGAACUCUGGAGCCUGGCGAGUACUCCUUCCCCUUCAGUUACACCCUUCCGAUGAACCUCCCCUCGACCUUAGAGGCCGAGUUCGGCUAUGUCAGGUACACCCUGACAGCAGUCUUGGACCGAGAUUGGAAGUCUGACUACAAAACCAAGGAGCCCUUCUACGUCAUCUGCCCACUCGAUCUCAACUCUUUUCCUCAAUUGCCCGCUCCCGUAACGAGGGAGUGGACGAAGAAAUUUUGGUGCCUGUGCUGCACCUCUGGUCAUGUCAACGUCAUCCUGACCGUCCCAGUAGGAGGUGCAGUUCCCGGAGAAACCCUUUUGCCCACUUUGGACGUGGAAAACAACUCCAGGGUCAGCCUGGACGGCGUCUCACUCAAAUUGAUUAAAUCAGUAACUUACCAUGCACGGGCUGGCAGUUGCACGAAAAACAUUCAGAUUUCGGUCGGCCAGCUGUACCUUGGACCCCUGGAGGCUGGACAGUCCCGCACCUACGAAAGGGUGGCCCUGCCCAUUCCGUCUCUGCCGCCCUCCUACUUGCUCCACUGCAAACUCAUCGACUUGGAUUACUUUGUCGAGGCGUCCUUCCGUCCGGCCGGCUUGCGCCGCAACUUUGAAGUUCAGGCUCCUCUGGUCAUCGGCACAAUUCCAUUUGAGCAGAAUUUUGGCUCGCAGGUCCGUCCAGAUCCACCCUUGUACCAGAACUUGGACCCUCCCAGCUACCGUGCACCUCUGUCUUUCGAGGAAUCAGAUUUUGGUGCCAAAAACGUUUACGACGACUCUGCAGUGCAAUAAAACACCUUGGGCGAAAAGAACUUUGCGCCUCUCUCUCUACUCAUCCGAUUCACCUGCGGCAACUUCAAUGUCCUUCAAAGGCAAGCUACGUAUACUUUUUAUAAUAAUCAAAAAUUAAAAUCCACGCGUGAUCUGACUUAUAUAAUUUUGGCACUGACCAAAAUAAAACAAACCAGGCACUUUGGCUUUUGCUAAUGUGAUGGAGACAUACAUAUAUAUUAUGCAAUGUUAUAUUUCUGUAAUUACUCGCAUAAAACAGCUCUGAUCCGUGUGUAAUUCUAUGGAAAUGAAAUAUAAAAAUAAAAUAUUUUUUUGUGUAGCUUUUUACACCUGAAUACAAGCUUGAUAAUUUUGUACGAUGGAUUCUGAUCUCCUAUGGAA